UUAUCGUACACUUCCGUUUUCACAGAACUCUUGAAUCUUAACCGACGACUUGGAUCUUUUUGUUAAAGUGGUCCUUUGAUUAUUUCUUACUUCACAUCCUUCUCCCGCUUCGUUCACUGACAUAAUUAUUAAACCUGCUUAUCCUAACCAGAAUUCAACAGCGAAGAAGAAGAAGAAGAAGAAGGAGAAGAGAUGCUGAAGCCUUUGCUUGGUGGCGAAAGCAGUAGUAGUGACCAACAGUUCGGACAAAAGGUGUUCCGCAGAAGGUCUGAUGCCAUCACUUAUGGCUCACGUUAUCAAAAAGCGGCAGCACUUGUAGAUCUGGCUGAAGAUGGUAUUGGCUUACCUGUGGAAGUUCUUCAUUCAAGAUUCGAGAGUGGAGCAAAGUUCUACUUCAUCUAUAUUAAGUUUGACUUCCUCUGGUUUCUUAAUCUUUUUGCCUUGAUAGUAUUGAAUUUCUUUGAGAAGCCUUUAUGGUGUGCCAAGACUACUACAUACUCUUGCAAUAAUAGAAAGUAUUUCUUCCUUGGGCAGCUACCAUACUUAACUGCUACCGAGUCGCUUGUUUAUGAGGGGAUAACUCUCUUAAUACUUGCCAUACACACCCUGUUUCCAGUUGCAUAUGAGGGAUACCAUCUUUAUUGGAAGAAUCAUUUGAAUAAAUUAAAGGUUAUUUCCGUGUUAGUUUUGAUUGCCGAUUUAGUUAUCUAUUCUCUCUAUUUAUCUCCAGUGCCCUUAAAUUCCCUGCCUUUGAGGAUUGCUCCAUAUGUCCGUGUUAUCUUUUUCAUUUUAAACUUUAGGGAAUUACGAGCAUGCAUUGUCACCUUGGCUGGAAUGGCUGGAACUUAUUUAAAUGUCUUGGCUCUUUGGCUUUUAUUUCUUCUGUUCUCCAGUUGGUUAGCUUAUGUUAUAUUUGAGGAUACCCUCCAGGGGAAAACAGUAUUCACAUCCUAUGGCACAACAUUGUAUCAAAUGUUUGUUUUGUUCACUACCUCAAACAAUCCUGAUGUGUGGAUUCCUGCAUACAAGGUUUCACGUUGGUACUGCCUGUUUUUUGUUCUCUACGUACUAUUGGGGGUCUACUUCAUAACUAACCUGAUUCUUGCUGUUGUGUAUGAUAGCUUCAAAAGUCAGCUUGCAAAGCAAGUUGCUGAAAUGGACUUGAUGAGGAAGCGCAAUCUGGGAGAAGCCUUCAAUCUUAUUGAUGAGCAUGGUCUUGGGUUUAUUAACAAGGAGCAAUGCAUUCAUUUGUUUGAAGAGUUAAACAAAUACAGGACUUUGCCAAAAAUAUCAAGGGAAGAUUUUGAGUCCAUAUUUCAUGAACUGGAUGAUAGCCAUGACUUCAAGGUAUUGUGUUAAUGUUUUUGAUGAAAU